UCGAUCUUACUCUAUGUUGAAUUCAUCGACUACUUUGGGGGAAAAGGUUCCUAGUAGAUACUGAAUACCGCACCACGACUCUUAGAAACAGGACGGUGAAGAUUCAGGUUUUGUUCCUUUAACUUUGUCAUUGGUAUUUUUACAGAUUCGAUUUUAGUUAAUGAUUUUUUUAAACUGAUCGUAAUUAGGGUAUUUGUUGAAGUUUUCUCUUGUGUAUUUACAGAAUCUCUCCGCUAGCUUAGUUUCGUUUUUUAAAAAAAGCUAUAGAUGAAGAAACUCUGAAAAAAAAAAGAAUUCAAAGAAACUAGAAAGAAAGGGAGAGAGAGAGAGAGAGAGAGAGAGAGAGAGAGAGAGAGAGAGAGAGAGAGAGAGAGAGAGAGAGGCAGAGAGAGAGAGAGAGAGAGAAAGAAAUGGGCACUCUUUAAGAGAGUUAAGUAGCCAUGUCAAGGAUUCAUACGCCUAUGCACCGAAUUGCACAUGCAUUCAGAUCUCAGAUUUUUAUUAUUUCAUUCUGCAGUUCAUUUUCCAUAUAAGGACAAUAAAGCCUCCCUAGAACUUUAUUUAAUCUUCUUUUCCCACAAACGACGUUCGUAAGUCGUGCAUGAGGAAACGCUACGAAAGUCUGCGGAAGGCUUGGAACAUUACUGUCAUCCUCCCGUGCAAAAAUUUAACCGAGUAUUGUCGCAGAGAUGUCGAAGAGAUCUCGGCGAGAUUUUUAAUGUCUCUGAGAUCUCUCCCGUUACGCACGCAGUCAUCGGCGUAGAUGUUUAAGAAUUUCAAAAAAUAAGCCCUCUAUGAAUGUCCAGAUGAACUAAUUUUUCUUGAUAAGCCUCUAAACUAAUAAGGUGCCUAUUCCGGAAAAGAGUGACAAUUUAGUUUUUAAAGUCUUCAUGCACCUUUUAAGGGCCAAAUUUUUGUGUUGCUUGUUUUCUUAGCUCAUGAACGCUUAAUGCAGAAAAAAAGGUUUUCUGAUCCAAAAUAAUACAACAAAGUUUCAAAAAUGAGCGUAAAAAUUCCAGUUAGUGGCAAGAACUCCAGUGUGGUAUUUUUUAUUUCGAGCAUAGAACGAUAUUUUCUUAAGGUGAAAUAUUGAAUACCCUGUUGCAUUGAGAACUCGGGUGUAAUUAUAGACAUAAAUAAUUGAUUAUUUGGUUUGUCUUAGUAAAGGGAAAUAUUCGCGGCAACCAUUUAUAAUGGGUGAUUGUGUCGUUAGUCAAAAAACCAUUACGCGAUUCACGCGACUUAUGCACCAAAUUGCAUAUGCAUUCAGAUCUCAGUUUUUUAUUUCAUUCUGCAGUUCAUUUUCCAUAUAAAUAACAUUAUAGCGUCCCUCUCAGACUACUUAGGACUUCAUUUAAUCUUCUUUUCCCACAAAGGACCUCGGCAAGGGAGAAAAAAAGCACCUCCGUCGGUGAAUGCCCAGGUGAACAUGAACUGCUUUGCCUUGAUAAGCCUCUAAACUAAUAAGGUGCCUGCUCCGGAAAAGAGUGGCAAUCUAGUUUUGAAAGUCUUCAUGUUAGCUCAUGAGCGCUUAAUGCAGAAAAAAACGGUUUUUUGAGCCAAAAAUAAUACAACAAAGUUCUAAAACUGAGCCUUAAAGUUCCAGCUAGUGGCAAGAACUCCAGUGGGGUACGUAUUUUUUAAUUCGAGCAUCAAACAAACGAUAUUUUUUUGUGGUGAAUUAAUGGUCUGUUAUAUUGAGAACUCGGGUUUGUCAAAAUGAUGAGCUGUAGAACUAUCUAAUUAAACAUUUAUAGACAUAAAUAAUUGAUUAUUUGGUUUGUCUUAGUGAAGGGAAUUGGCAGCAACAAUUUAUAACGGGCGAAGUACAAAAAAAUAUUCGCGCAAGGGAAAAUGAAAUGGAAAAAAAAGCCAAUUAACCCUAAAAAAUAUUCAUACUAUAGCCUAAAAAAAUUCAUGCAAGGAAUUUGAUUACGGAAAAAAAUUCCGGCGGCUCGAAAAUUACCCACCCAUUGUCUUCGCGUUGUUUAUAGCCUUUAGUAGUCUCCGUGGAUAUUUAGCGUUUGCUUCGGUGAAAAUGCUGCCAAAAAAAAAAAAAGAAAAGAAAAGCUCGUGUCCGUUUUCGUCAUCGAAACCGAGAGCGAAAAGGAAAUCGAAGAGCGAGUUUGACAAAGAAUGUCCGCAAAAUUGGCAGAGAGCGACAAAGGCUCAUUUUAUCAGUAAGAGAAGUUGCUGCAGUUGCUGAGAGUGCAAGCCGCUCCAAAUGCUAGCUUGAAGAGCCAGAUGAAGAAAGCCAAUUAAGCUCAUCGACCCCAUCUGCUGAUGGAACGUGGAAAACAAUAAGCGGUCGAGCUAUCGUAUCGAGCGAAAAGCUGCUUGAGAAACUGGACGAGUCUGUAUCUUGUCGAUUUUGCCAGGUAAGAGUCCAAGUCAUGGAAAAUGUAGCGAUUAAGCAUGGACUUGGUUCUACUUGGAGAAUACAGUGCGAGAAUGAAAGCUGUCCAUCGCACAAGACAAAUUCUGUUUUUAAUUCUUCCGAGAAGAGCAGAGCGUUUGAAAUAUACCGGGCCUCAGUUCUUGGCCUUCGAGCAAUCGGUGGUGGACAUUCGGCGGCUUCAAAGUUUUUUAGUUUCCUUGGCCUGGCUCCGUCAACAAAAACGCCUCGGCGAAUCAUACAAAAAAGAUCGAAGGAGAGGCAAAACUUUUGCUCGAGAAAGAAUUAAACCGUGCUUCUCGUGGUGUAAAAGAGUGGAAGUUUUCCAACGGAGAAUUAAACUGUUCACUUGAAGAUGUUGAUAGCAAUAAAAAGUUUGUUCCUGUUACAUGUUACCUGUCAAAGUCCUAUUGUUACAGAAAAUUGAUCCCUCUCUGAUAUCAAUCAGGAUAAACAUUUAGGUGUUAUAAUCUCAUUCCAGGUAGGAUGCCGCCAAAAGUGUAUUUUCUAUUUUAUCUCCGAACGCAAAUUUUGCCGAUCGACUCGUACGUUUUAAACUCCAAGUCGACAGCCUUUCAAUCAAUUUGGCUAAAAUUUGGCCAGAGUGAUGCCAUAUAUCUCUUCUACAAAACCGUGUCUGCGAAUUUUAAUACUCCUUUUCAUUUUAAAGCUAGAGCUUUUUUUCGACAGGGAGUGUUGACUAAUUGCCUUCCCCAACUUCAGUUGCUAAUAAAAGAAAAACAAACGCACUUGUCAAAAAUCUGAGACACGGUUUUUUAGUGGAACGUGUUGAGAAGCGAAUGCGGUGUUAAUUGUUUUCUUCCGUUUAUUUCCGGCGGGAGUGGAACAUGAUUUAUAGAGACGUGUACUUUUACACAAAGCGUUCCAAUUUCGAAACACAUUUAAGUAAAUCGUUUUUGUUAGUUCAAAUCCAUAAUCUGGAAUUAUUAAGCUUUUAAAAAAUAUAUGGUUUAUAGGGGUUUUUAUAAAAACAACUAACGCUACAGCGAUCCGCGCGCGGACGGUCCUGAAGGGUGGCUGAUAUCUUAAGGAAAUUCCCUUGAAAUGAUUUACUAUCCAGACUUUUUUCAAACUUAGCACAAAUGACAGCCACAUAUAGGACAUUUAUAAACUGCAAUAAAACAUAAGGGCCACCGUACUUGUUUUCGCCCUGUGUGCCUGUAAUUCUGAAGUUCAGUUUUCCUCGUUGCGCGCGAAAUAUUUUAUAGCAAAAACUAUGAGUCGUACUUUUUCUCCUUAAUAUACAUUUUAGUACUUCUGAUUGGUUGAAGCAAAUUCCCCCAGCGGCAUGACCAAUCAGAGGCACUACCCGGAUCUGGGUAGUGACACGUCAUGAGUAUAGACAUCAUGGCUCUUGGUAUAGAAUUUCUGCACUCGUGAAAUGCCGACUGGUUUUCUCAGGCUACAAAAAAACCCUUUAAGCUUAUUUGUGCCAUAACUUAAUCCUUAUAUUUCCUCAGUGAUUCGAAAACCUUAAGAAAAGCAGAUACUAGAGGAGAAGCCUAGUUUUCUAUUCAGAACAUCGAAAAACAAAAUAACUAUAUUCGCCCCGUCAUCUGUUUUUGUUCGCGCCAUGUAAGGGAAUCCAAGACAGUGGGUUCUGGUUUCCAUGUUGUGGAUUCCGGACAACCAAGGGGAGUUAGUAGCUAGGGUAUUAGGUAAGACACUUUUUCAGCGACUUUAAAAGCAAACAAUUUACUAAGGUUCGUGAGUGAGGUUUUCCGGUUUUCGGUUUUCUCUUUUUUAUAUUCUCCGUUCGGGUAAUUUCCUUUUUUAUCAUUUACAAUAGGGGGUUCAUUUCGGCUGUUAUGAGUCAAUAAUUUGUUUACAAUAUUUAACUUAUAAUCAUGGAAAAUUUCCAAUUUUAUACACACUGUUUAUACAGUUGUAUACAGCUUGUUUAUGAUCAUGAAACUCUCAUAACAUUCUUGUAACGUACUCAAAACAUAGGAAAAGGCUACAAGUGACAGGACACCAAAAGAAAUGAGUGCGCGUUUUAACAAAAUACCUUUCUAUACUUUAGCGGGGAGUUCCAGAAAUGACGGCAAGAAUAGUUUUCCGUAUCUCAGUUUUAGCUCUCCUGGUCUACAGCGCAUUAACUCAAAAAUGUCCUGCAAGUGGAAGAUCCGAGAGCUCCAUCAUUGGCUGGAUGUUACGGGGACACGUAUACAACACUCUCCUAGCGGAACUUCCGUUUACAUGCGUAUUCAAGUGUCGCGAAGAUAAUCGAUGCCAAAGUUUUAACUGGGUGAUUUCUCUUCUCACGUGCGAGUUUAACAACAGGACAAAGGAAGCGAGGCCGGAGGACUUUAUUCCAAACCCAGAGAGAUCUUACUAUCCACGAGAUUUAAAGCGAGGUGAGCCAGCAUACCAAGGACGGGGGGGGGAAGGGACUCCCUAUAAUGGCCUGAGGAGGGCCUGGGGAGGGUCCGACUGGAAGGGGACGAAGUUACAUUUCGCCUGAACUUUCCUCUUGAACAUUUACGCUCAAAUCUGUAUUUUGGAGUAAAUUGAAGACCGAUGCUCACAUGUCAAUUAACAACAAAGGUGGAAGUUCCAAUAGCCUGUACACAGACGUUGUUUUAUUUUUCUUUUCUGUCUUUUCGAAAAUAUCGGCGAGGCCGCGAGCAAAGCGUUCGCGCCAGAAAGAAAAAUAAAGAACGUCUGUAGACAUGUUUGGAAAAAAAGAGGUUUAUUAAGUCCCUCCCCCACGUCAACGCCUCAUCAUUAUCACCUCAGCGUUUGCAGUACCAAUUAAAUUGGACCAAUGGAAUUGGGGAUAUAAAUGCCUUGUGUAAUUGUCUUAGGUAUUUUACAAUCAAACAACAAGUAUUAUAUGUGGGUGCUAUAGCACUGGGCAAUCAUGCCGUUCCCGUAAAGCUACCGACACUCCCUUUUUUGAAAGAGAGUAAAGUCAGCUUUUUAUAAAGCGAACCCGAUGAUUAUAGCUUUCGGUUUUUAAAAAAACAGAAUGUCCGCAUAACCUCAUGGUUCCGAAGCAAGGUGAUGCAAUGGCUGAAAUGCCAGCUUCUCUCCUUGCUUCAACUUGAUCAUUGAUGAUACUUCGUAAUGCUGAUGCACUGCAAUUCCACGUACUUUUCUCCUUGUUUGAUUUCACUGCCGCGAACAAAAAAAUUAUUAAGGUUUUCCCAAAACCCGUGAGAAGAACCGCCACAAAAUCCUUUUGUUCCAGUAAACCCAAAACAGCAUGGCAGCACGUUUUCCAUCUGUUCCAUAGUCUACACCCCGAUACAAAAGAUAAUUAUGGUCAACAUGGUCAACACAAGCUUGUAGUAUGACUCCAUCCCAAAUUCACAAGUCGGCGGCGCUUUCAAUCGAUGCUAUUUUUUAAUGCAAAAUACAAUUAGUAAGUGUCGCGGUUAGCGCGUCCAGGCAAUGACAAACGCUUCUACUAGCAUGACGCGAGCGUGACGAGUCGUUGACACGAUGAUGACAGGAUAAUCGCCGUUUAGCCAAUGGCAAUUUGCUUUUCCUGGGAAAAGCAAGUUCAGUUGCUUCUAAAAAUGUCUACAGACCGUCUAUUUUCUUCUUCCCCCACCACUACCCCUUUGCGCUGGCGGUUAAUAAAUCCCCUGCGAUUUAUAUUUUAUCACCCGCACUCGACGAAUUUUGAAGAGAAAAUAGAGGGUCUGUGAACAGGUUAAAGUUCCACGCACCGGAAAAGGCUUUAGCUAUCGUGACGUGUACUUCAAAAUUGACGUUAUCAUGGGUACCGAGUUUUGACAGCCGUGUUUUUCAAAAUUUGUAUUUUCUCUAAAAAUAGGUUUUAUUUCUGUUUUUAGUGUAUUUUUAUAUUUAUUUACCUAAUUUAGCAUUAUUAACAUAUUAUUACAUCUUCUCUCAGAGUAAUGCCAAAAAUAGGAUUUGCUGGGUUCGAUUCUUGGAAGAGCUUCUUCCUCUUCUUCAAUUACUUGGUUCCAUCUAUAAAGAUGAUUCCGGGUUUCCAUAAAAAAAUAAAAUAAAAUAAAAUAAAAUAAAAAUUCCAUUAAAAAAAAUGUUUGUCGGUUUCAAAAAUGUUUAGCCAACCGGGCCUUGAAAGAGGCCAGUGAUGGCGACUCAACCACGUCUUGCGGCAGGCUGUUAUGAUUCUUUUAUAGUUCUUGGAAAGAAUGAGAAUUUGUGGUAGUUUGUAGAGGACGAAUUAAACAACUUUAUAUGCCAAAUUAUGUAAAUGACGACUUGUGCGCACUUGAGAUUCUGGAACGAGAUACUGGUACUUAUCUAUUUCAGCAAGACCAUUAUUAAGUAUGUACAUCAUAACCAAUCUAUUUUCCUCCUUUAAAUUUCAAGUAAUCCCACCCUAGAUUAUUGAGCAUAUCAGUGACACUUGCUGUGCGAUCAUAACAGUUUGUCACGAAGCGGGCAGAUCGUCUUUGCACCAUUUCUAUUUUCAGUUGUCAAUGUUUAGCUUUGUAUAAGGGCCUCAUACUAGUAAAGAGUAUUCCAAUAUUGGACGAACUAGACUUUUAUGCGCAAUUGAUUUCUGGGUGGGAGAGUUUACUUGCAGGCUUCUUACUCUUUCUUUUCUUUCUUUCUUUCUUUCUUUCUUUCUCUCUUUCUUUCUUUCUCUCUUUUUUUUUUUCUUCUCUUGUUAUUAUUGUUUUGUUUUGUUUGUUUUCUAUAUAUUGUAGAUUUUAUAGUGGUCUAUUUUCGUUUUUUUUUUUUUUCUUGCCUUUUUCCCUUUCCUUUUUCUUCUUGCCGUUAAUACUGCUCCCUCCCGGGCGUACAGUUUAAGCUUGCAUACUGAUAAAUUAAUGAUGAAGAAUUGUUUCUGACCUUUCAGUUCCCCUUGGUUCGAUUCAAGAAUUGCCAGCUGAGACUUGUGACGAAAUAAAGAGGAGUGAAGGACGGGCUGUUAGCGGGAAAUACUGGUUUUCCACUGUAAAAACUGGUACAUCUGUUCUGGCUUAUUGCGAUAUGAAGACCAACGGUGAGUUUGGUCAUGUAGUUUAUGUCAGUUAUAUAUAAUCGGCGACUGAUUAAGCUUGUUAAUUUUUUCGAUAUUUCAUCACGCUGCAUCGCUGACUAAGUUUAACCGGGAGAUGUAAACCAAUCAGGCACAC